UAAACGACUCGUCCGCCGCCAGUUUACGUAUAUUCGCGUUAACGCCGCGUUUGAUUGCUUGUCCUGUUUUAUUGUAUUCUUCUUCUUUUUUUUUCGCGGAGCGUGUCACCCGCGUAUCAUGCAAACGCCGAGGCGGUGUGCACGACGUUGAACAGGUCUGCAUACGCACUAUUGGAGAGCUUUAUUAGUAUAUAACGGCUUCUUUUCGUGAAGAUAGUAACACCCAGCCCCCAGAACUCCUAAAAAAACGCAACAUUUACCGUUGUUCACCUUCCGCGCAGACGAUGCUUGUGAGCUCGCUACCGAAAUACAUUUACGCCGCUCUUGUGGCAGCAGCGGUGGUCCGAUGUGUCACCCUGGAAUCGUUGCGACCAGCGGAAGAAUCGAACGCAAAUGAAGAGAAACGUGACGAUGUGGAAAGCUUCAUGAGGUUUGUCAACAACGGCAUCAUAUUUUCGGGAACGUACAAAGGUGAACACUACCUCGUUGGCCUGACCCAAGCACCCAAUCAAGGACCAUUGGUGGACUGCGGUGUCAUAUCUGGAAGAGACGAAGUAAGCUCAGCACUAGAGCGACUUCCGAAGGAUGCCGUAACUGCGACGAACGAAGAUGACAUCGUUGUGCUUCUGGUAGCAUGUGCUAACUUCCUAAUAGCCAAUGGCGAGCACCAAGAUCAGCAUACACAAGGCGUCUUCUAGUGCUGUCUUAACCCCAGACUUUUGUCAUUGAUAAUUGUCACACUGCUUGAUAAACAAUAUCCUAAGAAGAAAAACGA